UCCGUUAUCUUCUUCUUCUUCUUCUUCCCUUUUCUUAAACCUCUGUAUCCCUUCCUCGAAUUCUCGAUUGCGGCCGCUCUCCGGCCGAUGAGAUUACCGCUGCUCAAUUCUUUUCAAUGGAUACUCUAGCGCUCGCCAAAUCCGCCGUAACAACGGCCGCCGCAGCCACGACUACAUCUUCUUCCGCCGCUUGCUCGUCCUUUUCGGGCGUGCGGUUCUCCUUACCUUGUUCGAGAGCCAGAGUGAGAAGGCCUUCCGGGAGAAGAAGAGAGCUGGUUUCCUCGAGGAAGAGUAGGCUUGUUCUUUCGGCGUCCAGAGAAGGUGGAAAUGAGCCGCAGCUGGACGAGUGGGACCAAAUGGAGCUCCAAUUCGGUCGCUAUCUCGGUGAAGACCCGAAACUCACCAUAGCUAAGAUAAUGGCUAGAAAGGUGAAUCCGGAUGCUUCGUUUCUGGAAGUUGAGAAGGAGUUUCAUAGAAACAAAGGGAAAUUAGUGGAGAUAGAGGAGCUUCCUUUUGAUAUUUCUAGUGAAAGGAAGCAGAAAUCGGCUAGUUCUUCGUCGUCGGAUGGUUUGAGUUUGGCCAGGCCUGUGCUAAAACAAGGAAUGAGGUUCCAAGAGGAGGUUAGUAAACCUGCAAGGUUGCCGCAGAUGAAGAAACCGAUUCGUCCGGUUGUGAACGAUGCUGCUGCUAGUAGCAGUGUCAAACAGCGUAGUGUUCCGGAUGUUAUAUUGAGAAAGCCAAGUGUUUUCGGUGUGGAGCAUGGUGGGGAAGAUAGGGAUUUUAAGUCUGGAGUGAGGAUGAUUCAACCUAAUUUGAUGUUGAAAAUGAGGAAUGAGCAGAAAAGAGAGGGGUUUAGUGAUAUGACACUUUUGAGAAAGCCUGAGGCAGUGAGUGUUGAGAAGAAGCAAGAGUAUCCUGCCAAUGUGGAUGGUGAAGUUAAUGGAGGUGAUCGGUUGGCGAUGAGGAAUGAAAUGGAUGAGGAUGAUGACUACACCGGUUUCACUUUGAUGCAGAAGCCUGUGAGUGUGAGUGUGCGAAAUGAGGUUCAGGAAUCUUCAGAAUCACUUGGAAAGGAAGAUGUGGUGGAAGAGAAACCUGAUUUAGGGUUUCAGCAAGAGAGCAUUAUUCAAUCUAGUGAGGUACAUGAUGAUGCUCUUAAUCAACAACUGGAUGCAAGUAAAAGUGAUUCGGAAUCCAACUUAUUGAUCGAAGCAUCACUGCAGGGAAAACCAAAUAGAUUAGACCAAUCUGUGAAAGCAAGAUCAACAUCUAGCAUGGAACAGACAGUUUCUUUGGAUCCUGGAACCAGUAGCAAUGAGAUCCGGGAUCUCCCAGCUACUUCUCCUGUGGAGGCUGCUGAUUGGACCAGGGCUGAAGAGCUGUUUAAGGCAGGGGAUAGGGCUGAAGUGGAGUUGAUAAGCUCUAGUGCACGAGGAUUCAUUGUCUCUUUUGGCUCAUUGGUGGGAUUUUUGCCAUAUCGCAAUCUUGCUGCAAGAUGGAAAUUCAUAGCUUUUGAGUCUUGGUUGAGACAGAAGGGCCUUGAUCCGUCCGCCUACAAACAGAAUUUAGGAAUCAUAGAAAAUUAUGAUGCCUUAGAUCAGAACCGUUCUGUUGACCCAAGGUUAAAUCCAGCAACUGAGGGUGAAAUUACUCCAGAUAUGAAGUUGGAAGAUCUUUUAAGGAUUUAUGACCAGGAGAAACUCAAAUUCCUUUCCUCGUUUGUUGGCCAGAAAAUAAAAGCAAAUGUGGUAAUGGCGAAUAAAAAGUCUGGAAAAUUGUUAUUUUCUUUGAGACCCAAGGAGAAGGAAGAAUUGGCCGAGAAGAAGAGAACCUUGAUGGCUAAACUUCAAGUUGGAGAUGUCGUGAAGGGAUGCAUAAAAAAGAUCACCUAUUUCGGUGUUUUUGUUGAGGUUGAAGGUGUUCCUGCACUAAUUCAUCAGACUGAAGUAUCAUGGGAUGCCACUUUGGAUCCUGCAUCAUAUUUUAAACUGGGUCAGAUCGUUGAAGCAAAAGUACAUCAGUUGGAUUUCACUCUUGAACGUAUUUUCUUGUCCCUGAAGGAAAUUACUCCGGAUCCCUUGACCGAGGCCUGGGAGUCUGUUAUUGGCGAUCGUGAUCCCUUAAGUGGAAGUCUGCAACCAGCUGAAGAAGAUACUGAGUGGGAGGAAGUAGAGUCUCUGAUCAAUGAACUAGAACAAAUUGAAGGUAUCCAGUCAGUAACAAAAGGACGCUAUUUCUUGAGUCCAGGUUUAGCUCCAACGUUUCAGGUUUAUAUGGCAUCCAUGUUUGAGGAUCAGUAUAAGUUACUAGCACGAGCAGGAAACAAAGUCCAGGAGGUGAUCGUUCAAUCGUUGCUUGACAAAGAAGAAAUGAAGUCCAUAAUUCUAUCGUGCGCCAACAAAGUCUGAGUGUUGGAUUCGUACCUUCACUACCCUCGCAAAGUUGAGUGUCUCUCGUCGUCCUCCGGUUCGCUCAGCCACCGCUGACCGUAGCUGCUGUUGGCUAUGAUGAGAACAAACAAAGACAGAGAUCAAAAGCUGGAAAAGAGAAGAAGGGUCGCCAUUGGUGAACAGUGAACUGCAAUAAGCCAAGUUUGGAGAGAAAGGAGAGGAUGCUAUUUUUAUACACCUAGCGUAAUUUGGGCCGCCCUGGGCCAGACAAACUUAUGGGCCGUUUUGAAACCGGUCUGGUUUUUGUUGAUGACGACGAUGAUUCGGAUAAUGCUUGGAGCAGAAAAAUUGCAGUUAUUGUAGUGUACUCUCGUUGUCAAAAAAAAAAAAGUAGUGUACUCUCAGUCUCGCCAUCAUUCAGUUAUUGUACUUUAUACGUGACUGUUGUAAUGACUGGAGCAGAAAAAUUGCAGCCUUGAUGAACUAGGAUCAUAUAUGGGAGGAUAGGCGGCUGUUUGAAGCAUAACUUCAUGAUAGUUAAAGGCGUAAGACUCUUAUGGUU